AUGUCAUUUGGACCUGGCCCGCAGAAUUUGGAGAGUAGUAAGACACUAAAGUUAAUAGCAGUAACCGACGUCGUGCGUGUCAAAAGUAAAGGAUGUGUACCUGUUGGACUCAUGCAAUUAAGGAAUAGGCGCGUGAUUCAUAAGCGCAAUGGCCCGUUCCCUCAUUUGUUGCUUGAUGUACCGAAGCGACGUAGGUCUAGACUUCCUUAUGAGAUAGAAUGGACAAAAAGCUUUCUUUUCAUUAAAGUGGGUCACGAUCCGGGUUACCCCGCUGCGUGGUUUUAUGGAGGUAGACUCACUGGUUUCAAGCGCCAGAGAUUCAAAGAAGGCUUGAUCGGAGCGUGGAAAGUGAUUAGCAUACCAGAAAAGGAUCGCUCUGUCUCUUGGUUACUCAACCCAUCUAUUUUGAAGAAAAGUACUAUACAAGGUGGUACGAUGGCUGGGUCGGGUGAAACGAUCAGUAAUACUCUCGAAAAAUUCAGGCGUGCUAGAGGGGCGUCUAUACCCGCUCCCUUGAAUCCUGCUUCCAAAGACAAGCAAACUGUCCCAAACUCCUCUAUGAAGCAUACAAUCACACAUUGUGAUGGUGCCCCGCGAGUUUUCAGGAUUUUAAAGAAACAAUGCUCAGGUGGUGUGUCGACUACUUCCGAUCUCUCCCUUGUGAUUGAUGAUCUCAAUGAGAGUCAUUUUUCUCGUGAUCUUGAGAGCUUUAGAGAGUUAGGCUUUACCGCUGUUUUGGAUGACGUCCAAUCUUCGCAUUUCAAAGCGAUGUCCGCUUGCUACUGUGAGAAGAUGCGCUUUCCAGAGGCUGAAACGGAAAUGAAGCGCCUUUCUGAAGACAAUAUUAAGAUAAAGGAGUUUGAAUCACAAAAGACACUGUUGAAUUCCACCAUCGCCGCGAAGAAUCAGGAGGUGAGCUCUUGGAUGGGUAAGGUUGAUGUUCUUAAAGGCGACGUAGCUUCGUUGGAAGCGAACAAUGAGGAGAGCAAGCGCAUAGUCACUUGUUUGGAGCAACAACUUGAGUUGGCAACGUCUGGUGCAACUAUUAUCAACACUUGGAAGAUGACCCAAGAGUUUCAAGAUGGUAAAGCACCAAAUUGGAAAGUUGAGGAGCCGAAACAGCUUAUAGAGAGGUAUUAA